UGCCUUAGACAGCCCAAUCAGAGAGCAGCCCUGACUCAAGCUGCUCCUUCAUUCGGAGUCGGCAAGUAAUUGCAACUCCUCCAGCUCUGAACUGCACCAAUGGGGAAUACGGCCGAGGUUCCCCCUCUCCCAGGUGGCUGGCAAAGCACUCUGAAGCCAGACGGCAUGGCACAGAAGAGGGUUGCAGUUAUUGGAGCUGGCAUUUGUGGACUGAGCUCCAUUAAAUGCUGCUUGGACGAGGGGCUGGAGCCCACCUGCUUCGAGAGAAGCAGCGACAUUGGAGGGCUCUGGAGAUUUGAGGAGAAUCCCGAAGAGGGCAGGGCCAGCAUCUACAAAUCUGUCAUUAUCAACACCUCCAAGGAGAUGAUGUGCUUCAGUGACUUCCCCAUCCCAGCCAAUUUCCCCAACUACAUGCACAACUCCAAAAUCAUGGAGUAUUUCCGCAUGUAUGCCGACCAUUUCGACCUUCUGAAAUACAUUUGCUUCAAGACCAUCGUGGUCAGUGUGACAAAACACCCAGAUUUCUCCACCACAGGCCAGUGGGACAUUGUCACAGAGACAGCAGGGAAGCAGGAGUCAGCCAUCUUUGAUGGGGUCAUGGUUUGCACCGGCCAUCACACCAACGCCCAUCUGCCACUGGACUCCUUCCCAGGGAUCGAAAAGUUCAAAGGCCGCUACUUCCACAGCCGGGAUUACAAGACGCCCCAGGAGUUCUCGGGGAAGAGAGUCAUUGUGAUCGGCACUGGCAAUUCAGGAACAGACCUGGCAGUGGAGCUCAGCCACACCGCAGAUCAGGUUUUCCUUAGCACCAGGCGAGGUGCAUGGAUACUUGGUCGGAUUGGAGAAGAAGGGUACCCCAUAGACACAAUUUAUACCACUCGCUAUGUGGAAUUCCUCAGGCGCAUUGUGCCUCUAUCCCUGCUUAACUACUUUGCAGAGAAGAAAUUGAAUGCAAAAUUCAACCAUGCAAUCUAUGGUCUGCAGCCUGCACACAGGCUUUUGAGCCAGCACCCAACCAUCAACGACGACCUGCCAAACUGCAUCAUCUCGGGCAAGGUGCUGGUAAAAUCAAACAUCAGGGCAUUCACUGAAACCAGCGCCAUCUUUGAAGAUGGCACCAGAGAGGAGGACAUUGAUGUGGUUGUCUUCGCUACGGGAUACAGCUUCUCUUUCCCCUUCCUUGGGGACUGUGCCAAAGUGAUCAAAAACCAGGUCUCCCUGUAUAAAUUUGUCUUCCCUCCUCAGCUGGAGAAACCAACUCUGGCUUUCAUUGGCCUCAUCCAGCCACUGGGGGCCAUCAUGCCCAUUGCUGAACUCCAGGGUCGCUGGGCAACACGUGUGUUCACAGGGCUGAACAGAUUGCCUUCAGCAAGCAACAUGAUGGCCGAUAUUGCACAGAAGAGAGAGGAAAUGGCAAAACAGUAUGUGAAAAGCCAGCGCUAUACCAUCCAGGCAGAUUACAUCCCAUACAUGGAUGAAGUGGCCUGCCUGGCAGGGGUCAAGCCCAAAAUCUUGUCUCUCUUCCUCAUGGAUCCAAAGCUUGCCGUGGAGGUUUUCUUUGGCCCCUGCACGCCGUACCAGUACCGCCUGAGAGGGCCAGGGAAGUGGGAUGGAGCCAGGAAAGCCAUCCUGACCCAGAGAGAACGGAUCAUUAAACCUCUGAAAACUAGAGUCCUAGAUGAUUAUACAGGUGCCUUGGUGCCUUACUACCUUCAGAUUUUUCUCAUUGUUGCUUUAAUUGCUGUAACUUUUGUUUAUUUUCCUUGGUCCUUUUUUCCCCUCUGACAAGUGUCAUUUUUCAAGCUGUGAGACCAGUUCAUGGUUUCGCUUCUUUCCUUUGCAUUCAUAUGGGCUGACUGGACUAUAGUGGGCACCUCUGUUUUCAGCUACCUCAACAAGGUGAGAGCCUGUCUUCUAUGUAGGCCAGGCCCGCACAACUCGUAAAGCAGCGAGGGCCACAUUACUCCGAAGGAAACAGCUGAGGGCCGAAACCCCCC